AAUGACAAUACGUUUAAACAAAUACCUAACAUUGUAGGAAAUUCUGAAGAAGGUUAAUAGUAAUUCAAAACCAGAAAAGUAUUUUAGAACAACUGCUUCAAGUAUCACUGGCUGAAAUAUUAGAAAAGUACUUAAAUAGAUAUAUCGAAUACUUUCAGUCAAACGUUUUACAGAUUUGUUAUAACCUAAUGUAACCAUAUCAUUUUAUAAAGCUAAGAAGAUAAUUGCGUUUUCAAACCUAGUACCAACGACGUUGGUUAUGUAUUUUCAGAAUGUUUUUUCCGCAAUAUUUUUCUCCAUGCAUAUUUAUAGAUAAAUGUAAAUAUAUUUUUAAAGUAAAAGUGUUAAUUGGUAAUAAAUUGGUGUUGGUGUAAAUUUUGAUGCUCGAAAGGUAAGUAUGUAUAUUUCCAAAUUAAAAAAUCAAUUUCUGAUAGCUUACGGGUGACGAUCUCACUUAUGUCGAAGGUCAAUAUUUAAUGUAUAAAUAUCAAAGGCAUACUUCUCACAGACAUCAGUUAGUUGAUUUACAAUCUAUCAAACAAACAACCACCAAACAUGAAAUUCUUGAUUGUCGUAGCUUGCUUAGCAGCCGCAGCCAAUGCUGGCAUCAUCUUGGGACAUCAUGGUCAUGAAGAUGGUCAAUGGCAUGGAGAGGGACUAUGGGAAGGUCAAUACCACGGCGAUCAUAAAGCUCACGGAAUAAUUACAACUCAUGAACAUGAACACGGUCAUGCUACUACCAUUGUUCAUCCAGUACAUCAUGCUAUUGCUCACCACGAUUUAGCUCACCAUGGUGCCAUCCACCACGGCGCAAUCCAUGAAGUUGUCCACCACGGUGCCAUCCACCAUGGCUUGGCUCACCACGAUGCCAUCCACCACGGUUUAGAUCACCACGGUGCUAUCCACCAUGAAUUAGCUCACCAUGGUUCUAUCCAUGAAUUGGCUCACCACGGUGUCAUCCACCAUGGCUUGGCUCACCACGAUGCCAUCCACCACGGUGCUAUCCACCAUGAGUUAGCUCACCAUGGUUCUAUCCAUGAAUUGGCCCACCACGGUGCCAUCCACCAUGGCUUGGCUCACCACGAUGCCAUCCACCACGGUUUAGAUCACCACGGUGCUAUCCACCAUGAAUUAGCUCACCAUGGUUCUAUCCAUGAAUUGGCUCACCACGGUGUCAUCCACCAUGGCUUGGCUCACCACGAUGCCAUCCACCACGGUGCUAUCCACCAUGAGUUAGCUCACCAUGGUUCUAUCCAUGAAUUGGCCCACCACGGUGCCAUCCACCAUGGCUUGGCUCACCACGAUGCCAUCCACCACGGUUUAGAUCACCACGGUGCUAUCCACCAUGAAUUAGCUCAUCAUGGUUCUAUCCAUGAAUUGGCUCACCACGGUGCCAUUCACCACACUGCUCACCAUGAAGUGCCCCUGGUUCACAAGUUGGUCCUCAUUGCUCCAGCUGUCUCUCACUCUACCCACUACGUUCCCCAUCAUGAUUCCCAUCUUCAUCAUCAUCAUUAGGGUCUACGAUGAAAUGGCUGACUG